UAUUACCACUGUAGGGGGUGACAGUAACCCCAGACAUGUAGAGGGAGGAGUGAGGGAAAGCUGGGUGCAUAGAAAAAAAAAAGGGCAAAAAUAUAGAGAAUGGGAAAAUAUAUUGUGUGUGUGAGAGAGAAAGAUAGGGACUAGAGAGAGGGGAGAGAGAGAGAGAGAGAGAGAGAGAUGGAGAGGAGGGAGAGCACUUUAUUACCUUUUUUAUGAUGCACGCAUCCAUGGCAGAACAGGGAAGGGUACAAAGUCCUGCUACGGCACAAGGGUAGAAGAAGAAGAAGAAGAGGAAAAAGAGGGAAAAAAGAAAAAAACAGAAACGAAAGAGAAGUGAAAAUACAAAGUAGCAGCAAACAACAAGAAGCAACGGCAACAUCAACAAUAAGGUCAUAUACUCCACCCAGAGAGAGGGAUAAAAGAAAAAACUUAUAAAAAAGGAGUUUUUAGAAGGGGAGAAGAGAGAGAUGGAACUGAAAAAAUGGAGUUGUUGCGGGAUUGAGUAGAGAGAUAAAAACAAGGAUGGAGCUUAAGAGGAAGAGAAAGAACCGGCUGAAGGACAACCAAAGGAGCUAUUCUGGUGAAAUGGGUCUGUUUUUUAUUGAAGUUGGGAGAUUGAUUUCAUGGCAUGCAAAGAAAGAUGGGCUUGAUAAAUCUUGAAGGAAACCGUAUAGUAUAUAUUUUUUCUCUUGCUUUGUUGAAAAGAAAAAAAAAAAUCUCUUGUCUUUCUCUAUCUCUGAUCCUCCAAAAAAACAGCUUCUUUGUCUUUUCGUUUGUAUACAAUACAAAUGCACUUUCAGUUACAGGCUAAAGGGGCGGUAGAACUCGCGGGUUUUGCUUCGAUUUGUCAACAAGACAAGUGGAUAAAGCAGCAAGAAGCUAAUAGCUUUAGCUUUGCAAACAGCUUCUACUACAACAACGAACAAGAACCGACUUCUGUUCUUCAUAUGAGAAGAAGCCAAAGCCCACCCACAUCAGCAUCCACUCUCUCUUCUUCUUUCAACGGCGGAGCCGCCGGUGCGGGCGGCGGAGGUAAUUCCACCGACAACACAACCACCACGGCGGCCACCAUAGCACCACCUGAGACUUCACUUCCAAACAACAACAAAGAAGAAUGGGCCACGGAGCUUCAACCUAUCCCGAGUGAACUAGACCUUGUUCCAGGGCCUGGAGGUGGUCAAAGAUGCAAUCUCGGAUUGGAAGAUUGGGAGACUAUGUUGUCUGAAUCGGCUGUGUCAUCGAGUCAAGACCACUCGUUUCUGGGUUGGAUCACUGGUGACGUGGAUGACCCUUCCUUUGGUCUCAAACAGCUGCUUCAGAGUGGCAGUACUGGUCCUAAUCCGGGUCUUGAUUUUGAAGGCAAUGCAGGGUUGGGGGUUGUUGAUCAGGGUCCAGGGUUUGACCCAAUUGGUAGCCUUAAUAGUUCGGGUCCUGGUAAUGUGAUUUCAAGUGCUGCUCCUAAUUUGGGUGGUUUUCCUGGUUCUGGGUUUCUGCCAAAUACCAGCAAUAAUGGGAAUGGGAAGAUUGGUUCAGUCAUGCCUAGUAGUUCUUCUGUUGGGGUGGUUAACAAUCACAAGGUUCUUGGUGCUUCUGUUGGGUUGAAUACUAAUAUUCAGAAUCCAGUGUUUACUUCUCCAGCUAACAAUAUAGGUCUUCCUGUUUCUUUGCCAAUGCUUUAUCAACAGCAGCAGCAAGGUCAAUAUGUUGAAAGCCAAGAAGAGAAACCUCAGAUUUUGAACGCCCAGGUUUUGAUGGUUCAGCAACAGCAUCCUCAAAAUCCAAACUUUUUCUUGCCAUUACCUCAAGAACAUCACCUCCUCCAGCCUUUACCAAAGCGCCUCAAUCCUGGUAACUUAGAACUUUCUUCUCAGAUCCCAAAACUCCAAUUUUCUGAUGCCGGGCAUGAGUUGUUUAUGAGAAAGCAGCAGCAACAGCAUAUGGGGUUUCCUCAUGGAGUUCAGUUUGUUCCUCAACAGAAGCCGCUGAUGGUGGCAAAACAGAAAGUGUUGGGUCCAGGAGAGGAGAUGGCUCAACAACAGCAACAACAUCAGUACCAGUUACACCAGCAACAACAAACCACAUUGUUCGACCUGCUUUACCGGGCUGCAGAGCAGGUAGGGACUGGGAAUUUUUUACACGCGCAAGGGAUAUUGGCGCGGCUCAAUCACCAGCUGUCUUCAGUAGGUAAGCCCCUUCAAAGGGCUGCUUUCUACUUCAAGGAGGCUUUGCAAUUACUUCUCAUCAUGAAUAACCCGGUCUCUCCCCCGCCUCUGAGAAGCCCUACCCCUUUCGAUGUUAUCUUCAAAAUGGGGGCUUACAAGGUCUUCUCUGAGGUCUCUCCGCUCAUCCAAUUCGUAAAUUUUACCUGCAACCAGGCCCUCCUUGAAGCUCUUGAUGAUGCUGAUCGGAUUCACAUUGUGGACUUUGAUAUUGGAUUUGGUGCUCAAUGGGCUUCCUUUAUGCAGGAGCUUCCCAUGAGGAGUAGAGGAGCUCCUUCAUUGAGAAUUACUGCCUUUGCCUCACCUUCAACGCACCAUCCUAUUGAGCUUGGGCUUAUGCGUGAAAAUCUAAUGCAAUUUGCUAAUGAGAUCGGUGUAAAUUUUGAGCUUGAGGUGCUUAAUUUUGAUUGUUUAGAUCAAACCCCUUAUUCUUUGCCUAUGUUUCGAUCAAAUGAAAAUGAGGCAGUUGCUGUGAACUUCCCGGUUUGGUCUUCUUCGAAUCAGCCCUCUGCUUUGCCCAAUCUUCUGCGCUUUGUGAAGCAGCUUUCGCCAAAAAUUAUGGUGUCCUUAGACCGAGGGGGUGAUAGAAAUGACCUGCCAUUCCCACAACAUAUAAUCCAUGCCUUUCAGUCAUAUAUAAACCUAUUUGAAUCACUUGAUGCUGUUAAUGUGACUUCUGAUGCUGUGAACAAGAUUGAGAGGUUCCUUUUUGUGCCAAGGAUUGAAAGCACUGUGUUGGGGCGUCUGCAUGCACCUGAGAAAAUGCCUCUUUGGAGGACACUUUUUUCCUCAGCUGGUUUCUCCCCUGUAACAUUCAGUAACUUCACUGAAACUCAGGCAGAAUGUGUGGUAAAGAGGGCUCAAGUCAGGGGGUUUCGUGUUGAGAAGCGUCAGGCUUCACUUGUGCUUUGCUGGCUGCAGGGGGAUCUUAUCUCAGUUUCAGCUUGGAGGUGCUGAGGAGCAGCAUCGGACAAGCAGGGGAGGUUGGUUUUUUUAGCAACUCACAAUCUAUCAAACUCUAUCCUGAAGUAUGAAUUAAGUCAAUAAUUACUGAACUCUACUGCUUUAUGACUUAAUGCUUGUGAUUGUCUUUGCUUGUGAGUCUCCUCUGCUUGUUUAUCUAGAAUAGGCGCUAUUCCCAGUAGAAGAAAACAUCUCACUGGAAAAGUCUAGUAGGGGUUUUUUUGUUUUGGACAUAUGGAUAUUCCUGCUAUGGUAUUAUGGUGUCUUUUGUUUUUUGGGUGAGAAGCUGUAUUUUCUUCUGGUUAAGGUGGUGAUGAUAUGUUGUAUAAUUGACAACAAAUGAGAGCUAAAAUUGCAAAUACAACUUACCAGAAUUUAGUUUUUAUGUUUCUGGGUUGCUGUUGAUAA